ACUGUUUCAAAGAAUUCAGACAAACAUGAGGCCUAAAACCAGACAAGGCCACAAUCUUAAAGUCCUCCUGCUAGCAAUUUUCCUUGCUUUUCUUCUUCUCUUUGUGUUAUUAUCAAGUUUAUCAUCUUCCCAGGAAAAUACAGCAUCUCCCAUCUUGCAAACCUUUUCACUAGCUAAAACCUCUAAUGCCAUUAAAGAAAGCAAAACUGCAGACUGCUCACCUUGUGACAAGAUACCGCGUUCUCUUGCCCAAGCUCUCAUUCACUACUCAACUUCAUCCAUCACCCCACAGCAAACACGAAAAGAAAUCUCAGUCACAGCCAAAGUUCUAGAGAAAAAGUCACCAUGCAACUUCUUGGUAUUUGGCCUAGGCCAUGACAGCUUUAUGUGGAGUUCCCUCAACUAUGGUGGGCGAACAGUUUUCCUUGAAGAAGAUGAAGCCUGGAUAGAGCAAAUACGACGCCGGUUUCCCAUGUUAGAAUCCUACCAUGUCACGUAUGAUAGCAAGGUGAACCAAGCUGAGAGUCUCAUGGACGUGGGCAGAGGACCAGAAUGCACAGCAGUUGGCGACCCUAAAUACUCAAUGUGCCAACUUGCAUUGAAAGGUUUACCGAGUGAAGUGUAUGAGAUCAAAUGGGACUUGAUUAUGGUUGAUGCACCAACCGGCCACUACGAGGAGGCUCCAGGGAGGAUGACUGCUAUAUACACUGCUGGUAUGAUGGCAAGGAAUAGAGAGGAAGGAGAGACAGAUGUGUUUGUGCAUGAUGUGAACAGGGUGGUUGAAGAUAAAUUCUCCAUGGCAUUUUUAUGUCAAGGGUACAUGAAAAAGCAAGAGGGAAGACUUAGACACUUCAGAAUCCCUAGCCAUAAGGAUAGCUUGGACAGGCCUUUUUGCCCAGAGUGAUUUUCAAUUUUGUUAUCUGUUCUCUUCAUCAAUCCUUUACUGUUGAUGCUGUUUCAUGGGGAAUUAUCCUUUUCUGUUUGAAUCUAUUUCAAAGGAAAAUGGGAAAGAUGGAUACAGUUGAGUUGUUUACCACCAACGAGAUUGCAUUGCAGAUUGUUAUGCAUGCUGCAGAAACCUCUCACCUUUCUUUGAUCUGAUACAAAGCUGCAGAAAGUACAAUAAAAGUUCAGUUCAAAUUUUCUAGUUCUCAGCUUGACCGAUCGAGUCACUGAUUUUUUGGGUUUUUGUUAUAUUUUCUUUAAUCAUGUUUACCUUUCUGGUAUCACCUGCUUCUCUUGUCCUCCUGAAGUUUACUUCAACAUGGUUGAAAAUUUUCUCAUGGUCUAGGACUAGGAGCACUUGUUACUCGCUUCCCAACAGUCAAGCUUUUGUCCCAUAUCCUCUAGAUGAAAUUCUCAAUUCAGCUAACAAGUAAAAACUACAUAUCAAAGAUAGUAAGAGUGUCAGCUAUUCCCAUGAUUUGGCGGUUGGGGGAUGGGGGGCGCAAGAAGGUUAUUGCCCACCUUAAAAUUACUAUCAACAGAAAGAAGAUUUCAAAGCCUUUGCUAUAAAUUGUGCCACUCACCAUCACUCCCUGGAUGCUGUGGAUCAAUCUAGGUUGCAUUGCUAGUGCUUAAAAAGUAUGACAGAAGCUGGGAGUAAAAGGUACCCAUGCAAUUGCACCCAUCAGAAUACCAUUACUAACUUGCAACAAUUCAAGACCAUGA